CUGGGCUGGGUCAGAGGGAAAAGGAAACUAUUGAUCAUAGAAGGCUGGGCCCGAGGCAGCAGCACACAGACACAGCUGCACAGGAGGAUGGCUCCGUCACAGGCUGAACCAAAACCUGGAGACCUGAUUGAGAUUUUCCACAUACUAGGCAUCGCGCACUGGGCCGUCUACGUGGGGGACGGCUACGUGGUGCACCUGGGUCCUCCAGGUGAACUCGCGGGAAUUACGUUGGCCAAAUUCAUGGUCUCCGGGUCCGAGGGGGCCAUAGUGAAGAAGGAGCUGCUGUCCAAAGUGGCCGGGAAACGCAAGUACCGUGUCAAUAACAAGCAUGACCGGAAGUACUCUCCGAGGCCUCCCAGCAAAAUUGUGCAGCAGGCGGAGGAGCUGGUGGGGCAGGAGAUUUACUACAAGCUGACCAGCGACAACUGUGAGCACUUUGUGAAUGAGCUGCGCUACGGAGUCUCCCGCUGCGACCAGGUCACUGAAGCACUCCUUGCCGCCUUGAGGAUAGUCGGCCUGAUUAUACUUGGCAUGGCAGUCGGCCUACAAGCUGGCGUGGCAGCAGGCAUACCAGUUGGCAUGGCAGCAGGUGCAGCAGUGGGCAUACCAGUUGGCAUGGCAGCAGGCAUCAUCGGAACGAGUGUGGUCAUCCUGGGCAUCCACAGGACCCUACAGGACUGAGGCGAGCAGCAGAAGCGGUGAGGUCAAGG